ACGAUCUGUCGAAGAAAGACCACAGGUCUUUGCGUUUCAAUAUGGCGGCAGUUAGAGACACUGAAUCGAGAAACGAACUUAUUGAACACUACCAUCGUCUUGGCUAUAGACAACAUGAAAUUCUCUCUUGUCUUCUUCUCCUUCAUGACGAGAGACUUAGUAGCAGGCAGUUAAGGAGGAUUCUAGCACGUAGGGGACUUUCACGACGCAAAAAUCUAACAGAAAUUAGUGAAGUGUUGAAUUAUAUCGAUCGAGAACUUCAAUGGAGUGGAAGUGAUGUGGGUUAUAGGUCCAUGUGGCAAAGACUUGUUGUCGAGCACGGAUUAGUAGUGAAUAAGGAAACAGUUCGUCAUGCCCUUAGAGUUUUAGACCCAGAGGGUGUGAAUCAGCGUUUAAAGCACAGAUUGCGAAGACGCCAAUACAAGGGGAGAGGUCCAAAUUUCCUGUGGCACAUUGACGGUAAUGAUAAACUAAAACCAUUUGGUUUCUGUAUUCAUGCAGGAAUAGAUGGAUAUAGUAGACGAAUUUUAUGGCUAGAAGUUGGAGUCACGAACAAUGAGCCAGCAUUUAUAGCGACAUAUUUUAUUGGUUGCGUCAAAAGGGAGGGUGGCACUGCACGCAUAAUUCGAGCAGAUAACGGUACCGAAAACACUUACGUUSCUGGAAUCCAACGAUUUUUACGUAAUAACUGUUCUGACUCAUUCGCUAAAGAGAAAAGUUUCAUGUAUGGUCGUUCCAUAUCAAACCAAAGAAUUGAA